AUGCUUCGCGGGGAAGUGUUCAUGAAUCCGGUGUGGGACUCGUUCGAUCAAGACGAGCCACCGUACGAGAGAUCAUCGGAGAGAUCCCUCUCGCAGCCAUCCUCCAGCUCGUCCUCAACCUCGUCUUCGCAUCAUUCUCUGUCAUCAAUAUCGCCAAGAGUUCACCAUAUACCAAUAGAAUAUCAGACGAAAACCCUGGCCAAUCAGAAGCAUCAAGCGAUCCGAACAAGACCUGUGAGGGAACGAAGAGUGACACAAAGAUUGGACAUACCUGUGCCUGAUUAUCCACAUGAGGGAAGAGCUGCGAGUGGAGUCUCAUCAACCAUGUCAACUACUUCAGCUUCAUUACUUCACUUGAUUUCCUCAGAUAUUCGACAUGACAUUCACGAUAUUCUCAUCCCAUCCGAGGCUGUCAUUUUGGAGACAAUCAUUGGCAAAGGAUACUUUGGAAACGUGUAUCGUGGUCGAAUGCGAGAUGCCACGGGACGAUUUGUGCCUGUUGCCGUGAAAACAUUAAAGGGUGAACGCGGUCGAGACAUGGCUCACAUUGAGAGAUUCCUUCGCGAGGGAAUCAUCAUGAAACAUUUUCAACAUCCGCAUGUGCUUUCACUCAUUGGAAUUUGCAUUUCACCCUCCGGCUCUCCAUGGGUCUUGCUCCCAUUCAUGGAUCUCGGCGAUCUCAAGAGUCACAUUGCCGAUCCGAAUCGGCAACUUUGUGUAUUGGAGCUUGUCGAUUUCUCCUAUCAAGUGGCCCAGGGAAUGGCCUACUUGGCGUCGCUUCACUUCGUGCAUCGAGAUCUAGCGGCAAGGAAUUGCAUGAUCUCCUCCGACGGCUUGGUGAGAGUAGCCGAUUUCGGAUUGACUGUCGAUCUCUUCGAUAAAGAGCCUUUCCUAGACGAGUCUGAGACUGGACCGGCUCGUUUACCGCUGAAAUGGUUGGCAUUGGAGUCGCUGAGAGAUCGAACACACUUCGAUAGUCAGACUGAUGUGUGGUCAUUUGGUGUGUUGAUGUGGGAGUUGCUGACAAGAGCCGCUGUUCCUUAUGGAGAGAUCUCAAAUUCUGAGGUGAAAGCCUUCUUGGAGUCAGGCGGUCGUCUACCACAACCAACCCAUUGCCCGGAUUCUGUCUAUGAGGUGAUGUUGGGCUGUUGGCGAACACGAGCCGCCGAUCGACCGAAUUUUGUGUUCCUCGUGAGAACGCUGAGGCAUUUGAUUCAGGAGCACAGUAACGGAGAGAUGAUCACAUCGCGUGGUCUCGGAAUGCGACCUCCUCGACUCCCACUCCCACCACCACAUCAUCCACAUGAAAUGUUCUUAAGACCUGUGCUCCCUGCUCGUCUCUUCACCAAUUAUUUUGCUAAUCAACUUGUUCGC